AUGGGAGCGAUGGACAGAGACGCCAAAUGCAGCAGGGUCAAUUUCACGAUUCAGGAUGAGGUCGGUGCAAACCAAGAGUUGAAACAGCUCGCCAUUUCCACCUGUCCCAAACAUUGCGGAUAUUGCUGUGAAACGCCCGAGUACAAGUGUGAUAACAAACUCUUCCCACGAGUGAAAUGUGAAACGGUUACGCAGAAUCAGUGCAGUGACCCCCUAUGGAGAGCGAUUCUUGCCGAGGAUUGCCCGAAAGUUUGCGGACUCUGUCUUGCAGGUGGAUGUGUAGACAAAGUGGUCGAGUGUGCGAACGAUCCGGCCAUCUGCAGACAAAUAGACAUGCAAGUAUUCGUAAAAGUAAGGACUUAUUAUUUCUUCCAAAUCCUUUUUUGUUGUACAUUUUUCUCAUGCAAUAGCUGGGCUCUGAACGGCUUCUGCACGAACACCUUCUUUAACGAAACUCUACGUCGCCAGCACUGCGCCAAGACAUGCAAUCUUUGCUAA